UUCAUUCGUCUCUUCCAUUGCGCGCAUUCAUUAAUUUUAUUUUAUAUUUUGCCUGAGGAAAUUAUGGCUGACGUCGAGAAAGAAGCCGUGUCAACGGCGGGACCCCAGCAGCAAGGGCCUUUACCAAUUGUAUUCGACGAUGCUGAGAUGGAUAGAAUGGGACGUAUUCGACCGGAGGUGUUCAAGAGCGUUUGGGUGGAAAUUGGCUUCGUUAUAUGUAUACUGACAUCCAGUAUUGUCGCGGAGUUUCUAAUCAGUGGAUUCAACGUCCUUCUACCGGUUGUUAUAGAAGAAUUGCAAAUCGACCCAAACAAACGAACAUGGCCGGCGAAUGUUUUUGCACUUGUUGCUGGCGCGCUUCUAUUGCCAUUCGGUAGACUCGCUGACAUGUAUGGGGGGUAUGUAAUAUUCCUCUUUGGCCUCGUCUGGAUGGCCGCCUGGAGUCUGAUUGGCGGGUUCAGCAUAAACUUCAUUAUGCUGGUGAUGUGUCGUGCGCUCCAAGGUAUCGGUGCUGCGGCUUUCCUGCCAGCCGGUAUCAUGCUACUUGGCUCCGUAUAUCGACCCGGCCCGAGGAAAAACGUUGUUUUCAGUUUCUAUGGCGCCUGUGCUCCUUUUGGAUUUUUCUUCGGGAUAUGUCUCGCCGGUCUUUCCGGACAAUACUUGACGUGGGGCUGGUUCUUUUGGAUCGGGGCCAUUUUGCUGAUGGUUGUUGUUGCUGGUACAGUGGCGUUUGUUCCAAAUGAUCGAAAGAAUCCAAAAGACACUGUGAUGGAUUGGUGGGGUUUGGCUUCCAGCUUCGCGGCCUUAAUCUUUUUGGUGUUCUCCCUCACUGGAAGUGGACAAUUUGGUUGGAAAUCGCCGCAAAUCCUUACUACUCUCAUUCUGGGAAUCGUGCUACUGGCCGUAUUCAUCUAUAUUGAGGCCAAGGUCGCCUUCCAACCGCUUCUGCCGCUCAGUCUGUUCUCAGUGAAGUACAUGAAACUUCUGGUUCUAUGUUUGUUCCUGAGCUAUGGUUCUUUCGGGAUCUACCUCUUCUACGCAUCUUUCCAUAUGGAAACUGUCUUGCACAUUUCUCCUCUUUUGUCAGCUGGAUGGUUUGCACCGAUGGCUAUCACGGGCAUCGUAAUUGGGACGCUAGGUGGCAUGAUCCUCCACCGUUUGUCCGGCACUGUCAUGCUUAUGAUUGCUACCAUUGGUUUCAUGAUAGCGUCCUUGCUAUUUGCGCUGACACCUGACCGUCCGUUAUAUUGGGCCUGGAUUCUCCCGGCCAUGGUUUGCGCUUCGAUCGGAAUCGACAUUACAUUCAACAUUUCCAACAUUUACAUCACUUCUAACGUUCCGUCAGAUCAACAAGGGCUAGCGGGAGCACUUAUCAACGUAAUAUUAUUUGUAGGAAUGAGUAUUUGGCUGGGCAUUGCCGACUAUGCGGUGAGCACAAAAGCUGGACUUGGACUAAAAGCAAGUUAUAACGUGGGAUUUUGGCUGGGUGUUGCAGCUGCCGGAGUCGCUUUGUUGACUGUUGUAGGUGGGAUUAGAAUCGGAAAAGCAAAGAGUGAUUUGACGGUUGAGGAAAGGCAGGAACUGGAGCAAGAGAUUUUGCGUAGAAGAAUUGCUUCGGCUUCCGAGAAUCGAAAAUAG